UGUCAGCAAUAAUUUACUUGAUGUAUAUUUCCUUGAGCAACAAGACUAACCAAAAUUUGGACGGUCUCUUCAUCAAUAAAAUACCUCAAGGGUAUCAAGAUGGCAAAAAAACAGUAAAACAAAUCUCUCCUAACUACCUUUUGCUUUUGUUUUAGUACCAUGAAACAGUAAAAAAAAGAGAGACAACAAAAAGAGCAAAAGAAAAAUGCUGCAAAACCCAGUAUAUGGAUUUAACUAUCAAUAUAGCAUAUUAAGCAGCAGAUUUAAAUUCCAAACAGAUCACUCUUUUAGCUUUUCUCCCUUCCAGGCAACUUUUGCCUCUCUUUCCACCUUCAAUUGCUUGCCAAUUCCGACUCCCCACAAUGCCUCCUUCGUCAAGUUUUCUCAAUAUUCUUUCCUGCCUCUUUCCAUCUCUCUACAAUUCAAGGAAGCUUUGAUUCUUCAAGUUAUAUAUAUAUAUACACAUAAAACUUGGGGAUGAGACUUCAAUUCUUCUUCGUUGCUCCGCCAUUGGUGGAUAUUGUUCUUAUAGAAGAAGGGAGUCCAGAAUACCAUAUUACAGUUGCAGAUUGGAAACAUGGGUUCAAGAGUUAUUCAGCAUUUAGCAUUCCUCUUGUAUCUUGUUCUCAGUUCAGGUUCAAUUGUUGCAGAGAAACCGCCUCCAGAAGCAGUUCAGGAAAAUGAGCUUGUGGGAAAUCAAGAGAAGCAGAUGUUCUUCUCAUCUUCAGUGUCAACUACCCAGUUCGAUACAACUCCUGGAACACUUCCUCUUGUUAACCCAACCCCCCCAGGUACAACUCCGGGGGUGAACCCAACCCCGCCGACACCAAUCAUAACCGGGCCAAUUAUAACUCCUCCAACCCCAAUGACAAUGACUCCCCCAACAAUGACUCCCCCGACAACGACUCCGGCUUCAUCAGGUGGCUCAUGGUGUAUUGCAAGCCCAAAUGCUUCACCAACUGCAUUACAGGUUGCUCUCGACUAUGCUUGCGGCUAUGGUGGUGCAGACUGUUCACCAAUUCAAACAGGCGCAAGCUGUUACAAUCCAAAUACACUUCGUGAUCACACUUCUUAUGCCUUCAACAACUAUUACCAGAAGCACCAAUCGCCAACUAGCUGUGUUUUUGGAGGGACAGCCCAACUUACCAACACUGACCCAAGUAGUGGGAGCUGUCACUAUGCAUCAUCUCCCACAACACCAUCUAUAACACCACCAUCUAUAACUGCACCCCAGCCACCAAGCAUAAGUUCACCAGCUAACCCAACUCCGACAAUGACACCCCCAUUCACAACCACACCUGGUGGACAGACAGUUUAUGGUGUGCCAGAACCAACCGGACUUCCCAGCUCAGCCAUCAAUGUUUCAUUUGCAUGCAGAAUCGACAAUGAGAUGUUAUCUCCAGGCUUUAUACUCACCCUAACAUCUAUUGCUGUACUGAUUCAAAUCAGCCCCUAAUAACAGGGCAUGGAAUUGGAAGCAGAGUUAUUCAACAGAUAUGACCACAAAUCAAUCUAUUCUCUCCAUUUUGGUACAUUUAGCGUAGACAAAAGAAGGAAUUCCGAAAAUAGACUCCUUUCCAUGAGCUUGGAUCGAAGACGGAAAUGAGUAGUGCAGGAGCAGGAACAGAAUCAUCUACGUAGGCGCAUCAGUUGAAAGGGAAUCAAAUAGGAAAUCAAGCCGAGCAUAGAAUCUGUUAGGUUCUAGUACUUGUAAACACAUCAAAAUAGUAACUUCCUUUUGCAGUUGUAGUAGAAUAAAUCAUUCGAUGCUUUAGUAACUCCUCUUUCCAGAAAAGAAACGUUUAGUUUGAAUUAAUGGGUUCAUUAAUUAAUUUAUUGACUAACAUCAGCAGUGUUUUAAAAGGCGGGUUCGGAAACUGAG